AGGCAACACCCAGCACAGAAAGGCUUCGUAAACACCAUUCAAUUCGAUACUGCUAUGGCGCCGGAGCUGAUGAGUCGAGACUUGUUUCUCUUUCAUGACCGGCAAUAAUGUCGCCGACGAGCCAUUGGCGUUAUAUCGCCGCCGGUUGCCUGGUUCUUGACAAGACCGACUCGCUCCUUCCCGAAGGAUUGUGGUCGCUCUUGGAACCAGGAGAAUGGCGUCAUUUCCGCCCACAGGGGCACUCGGCCACAGAGUAUGCGGAUGAGGCUCAGGUCGAGAAUGGCGACUGUUCUCCAACCCGGAAAGGCUCAUCCCACUGCCAGUGUCUGGACCAAAAUAUCCAGGAACAUCUCGUGUCCUCCUCUGGUUGCCUCGCAGCCUACUCUUCGCUGUUGCGGCAUGGCUGGAUUCACAUCAGUCUCAGCAAGGAUGUUGACCGAGCUGAGAAACUUAUCGUGCGGGUCUAUCUUCUCCCAGACGAUGUUGAGAACCGCACCGUACCCCGCCAGGAUCCGUCAUUGCGAAAGGCGAGGCUAAACCUCCUGACACGGCUGGAUUUUUCCAACAGCACCUGGCGAGGAUCGGCAGGCAGUGGUUUUCUUCCGAGUCCACCCCUUGUUGUCAAUUCAGAAACAGUGAGCAGCAUGCGAGACGGCCGGGGCGAGUCUCUAUUACACAUGUUCAACAGCAUACCGUCGCCGGAUCCGAAUCCCGACGACAUCCAUGACUACGAUGCCCGUAAGGCAGCUUACAGAUUGAUGAGCAGCGACGUGUUUGGUCUCUCCACCACGCUCUACAGUUAUCAGCGCCGGUCUGCAGCGCUCAUGCUCCAAAGAGAGUCGCAACCCCGGCAUUUGCUGGACCCACGUCUCAUGGAGGUCGCCGAUCAGUUGGGGAAGCCAUGGUAUUACGACCCAACUACCGGCACUGCUUUGAGGGAACCGAGACUCUACAAUGGGCCCUGUGGUGGCAUUCUCGCGGAAGAGAUGGGCGCCGGCAAGACUCUCAUCUGCCUAGCGCUCAUUCUAGCGACGCGGCAUAUGCCUUCCUCCACCCCCGACCUCUUUCGGGCGACCGAGCCUGUUGUCCGAAAGACUGUCGGUAGCCUUGCCGACAUGGCUGCAGCUUGCAUCACUCGCCACUCGGUGCCCUGGAAAACAGUGUUUGGUGCCCUCGAACCAGAUGGUUUAGAGUAUCCCAGCUGUGUUGACGCCAUCCAACAGAACCCCGAGGUAUAUUACAUCCCUCGCUCAAUCCCACAUCGCCAGAGCCGAAAGUCGUCUGCCUUGUCUCCUCCGAUCAAAGUGUAUCAGAGCCACUGCUCGCUUGUCAUUGUUCCACCAAACCUAGUGCAGCAGUGGAAGCAGGAGAUUGCGAAACACACUGUCGGCCUGCGGGUCUUGGUAGUCGACAAGAAUCUCGCACUUCCAACCGUCCAGGAGCUUCUCGAAUAUGAGAUAAUAUUGUUCUCGUCGACUCGAUUUGAGAAGCUGGCCGAAGACCUUGGAGCCGACGGAAAUGGUGCCCAGGUCCUCAGAAAUCCCCUCGCAGCCAUCCACUUCAAGCGCUGCAUCGUUGACGAAGGUCAUAAGCUUGGUAACUCCACGCUGGGUCGAAAGAGCAAUAUGCUCCUGAUUAUCGACCAGUUACAGGUUUCAGCAAAGUGGGUUGUCACUGGCACGCCGUCCAAGGGCCUCUUUGGAGUUGACGACUCGCCCAGCCCCGGCUCCGACGCCGGGCAACGCCACUUCACCAGACGACAGGCCGAAACAUCCCCGGAUCUGGAAAAGGAGGAUCUGAGACGCAUAGGGUCCAUUGCAACCCUUUAUUUACGCCUGCGCCCAUGGGCGAAUCAGUGGUUUGAGGCUGGAGAUUCUCCGGCGGACUGGGCCGUCCACGUCAUGCAACCGAGGCACUCGGCUCGGAGCAUCGGCCGUACUGACUGUCUCAGAGCGACUUUGCGGUCACUUAUUAUCCGGCAUCGGUUGUCCGAGGUUGGGGAGCUCCUGCCAUCGGUUAAUGAAAAGAUCGUCUAUCUCGACGGCUGCUAUCAAGAUCGGCUCGCUCUGAACCUGUUCUCCAUGAUGAUCAUCUUCAACGCCGUUCAGUCGCAACGAACGGACCAAGACUACUUCUUUCAUCCGCGGCAGAGGAAGGCACUGCUCGAGCUUGUACAUAAUCUGAGGCAGGCGAGCUUUUUUGGCGGCUCCUUCUUCUCGCCCGACCAGAUCCGGAAGGCUAUCGACACGGCCGAAGAGUUUCUGAGGGAGGGCAAAGUUCAGAUCAGCGCCGAGGACGAGGCUCUGCUACGCGACGCAAUUGCACUCGGCCGGGUAGCCGAGAGAAACAACAUCAAGCGAUGUGCUAAUCUGUUUCGCGAGAUCCCGCUCUACGUCCGAAACUUCCCCUGGAACGCAGGCCGAGAAUGGUCGCUCGACCUCAGAGACGGUGACCCUGUGUGUACGGACUCACGCAUGAUCUCUGCCCUACAGAGGUUUCUCUCUCCCUUGGUUGAUGCCCCAACAUCGUUACAGGUCAUAUUCGACACCGGCCGAUUUGCAGCGCAUGGCUGGGAAGAGCGAGCAAAGGGCAUUGAGGAGCAGGGCGGUCACGAACGCAAUGCUGAACGGAAAUCGCUCGCCGGAAAUACCCAGAUGGGUCAGGAUAGCAGCAGCCCGAGCAAACGGCGCUCGGCCAUCCUGACCAACGUGCUGCCCAAGGCUGAAGUCACGCCCGAACCUGCUGAGCCUCUUGGGUCCGGGAUUGCCGUGCCGCUUGCACAAACCCAACUCGUCUCGACGGCCUCGGCAAAGCUCUCGUACUUGAUUGACCAGAUCGUCAAAUACAAAGACUCGGAGCAGAUACUCGUCUUCUACGACAACGACAAUGUGGCAUACUAUCUUGCUGGCGUUCUAGACAUCGUGAGUGUUCCGUCCCGUUUCCACCUGGCCAUACUCACGCAGGAAAUGCAGCUUCAAAUCCACCACCUCAUCUACGCCAAGGGCUUGACCUCUGAGCGUAGGGCGCAAUAUGUGGCGACCUUCAAUCACAAUCCUAAAUUCCGCGUUCUGCUUAUGGACAUCAGCCAGGCCGCCUUCGGCCUGGACAUGCAGUCGGCGUCGCGCAUCUACUUCCUGGGGCCGGUGCUCAACCCGCAGGUCGAGGCGCAGGCGAUAGGGCGGGCCCGGCGCAUCAGCCAGCGCAAGCCCGUGUCGGUCGAGACGCUGGUGCUGCGGGGCAGCGUCGAGGAGGUGAUUGUACGCCGCCGAGGGGAGAUGACGCAGGCCGAGAUGUGGAAGUGCCGCUCGAUCCUGGACGACCGACCGAUCUACGACUGGAUCCUGAACGCGAAGAUCUUGCCCCUCUCUCCAGGCCGCGAGGGAGAGGGAGAAGGGGAGGGUGAAGAUGACGGCGGGGAGGAUCAGAUGGCCAGGCUAGAAGUGCCGCAGUACCUUUUUGGGAGGGGCUUUGGGAGGGAGCUGAGUCACCCGGAUCAAGAUCUGUUUACUGUGAACGGAUCGCCGCCGGGAGCAAAGAAGAACGGGGUUGUUGUCAUGCCCGAAAGGGGGUUGAAGAGGAGAUCUCCGGGCGGGAAUACGCCGCGAGUGGGGACUCCGACGCCGGAUGGUGGCGCCACGCCGAAGAAGGCCCGUGUGCGAUUUGCUGGCUCGGACGGUGAGGCUGGGUGAUGAUCAUGUUUCGUGCAGAACGAGACACCACAGAGAUGAAUCGCGAAUGAAGCGCUCCGGCCAUUCCACGUCAAUCGUGGUACA